AUGUCAGUCGACGAGUGCCAUGACGUUUACAUGAAGUUGUCGAAGACAAUAUUCAAGCCAAAACGUUGGAAAUGCAACGUAUUCAGUAGAAGCAUCGACCUCAUAUCCGCCAACGAGCGGUACGACUCAGCCAAGAUGGAAGAGCUGGUUAAACAAAUCAUCAAAGAGCGAACGGGCUCCCGCAACACCAUGCUGCAGGACCCCUUACAAGGAUCAUCAUACGACGAGGAACUCCUCCUACUGCGGUCUUACAUCAAUAAGCAACAGCCAGAUGUGCACUCUGCAAAGUUUGAGAUGUGGGAGGCUCUCCGUGCAACCUCCGCCGCAAGCACUUACUUCAAAGAAUACCGGCGCGGCAAUGAGGGCUAUGUCGACGGUGCCUUCAAGAGCAACAACCCCAUCUUCGAGGUCCACCACGAAGCCACCGACCUUUGGCCUGGACGAGACAUGUUCCUCGUGAGCAUCGGCACAGGGACGAAACCAAGCACACCGCUUGGCGGUCAUGUCGUCAAGCUCGUUAGGUCUAUGAAAAAGCUCGCAACAGCGACGGAGGGGUCUUGGAUCAGGUUCCACCGCACGCAUAAGCAAUUAGCGGAGGAUCAUCGUCUUUUCCGGUUUAGUGCCCCAGGGAUCGGAGAGGUCGAUUUGGGAAACUACAAAAUGAUUGGAAACGUGGCGAUGAGAACCGAAACGUAUCUUCGAGAUACAACUACUGCUCGGGAUAUCGCACAGUGUUCAAAGGAAAUGCUGGCGAUUCAGACACAGGAGUAUACUACUGUUCACAAGCUGAAGGAUAGCGAAAGAGAUUGCCUCAAGCUCUUGUCUGGCGCAGGAGGGGCUUACGAGAGCCAGAGGUUAAGCAUCGAGACGCCAGUCCAAGGAACUUGCCAUUGGCUUCUAAACCACGAAACUUUCACAAGUUGGCUGAGAGAUGCUUCUUCCGCCUUACUCUGGGUGACGGCGAAUCCUGGUUGCGGCAAGACAGUCUUGUCUCGGUUCCUCGUGGAUAUCCUCUCCAGACAGGCCUCUGAAGCCACCGUCUGCUACUUCUUCUUCAAGGCUGGCGAAGAGGGCCGACACCACUCACAUCAAGCCCUUUGCGCCAUAUUGCACCAAGUCUUCAAGGAGCACGCCAAGGCUCUCAAUUUCGCAAUGAAGGAGUACUCAUCGAGCGACAGCAAGAACUUUACACAGAAUAUCGAGAAGUUGUGGGAUAUCCUAUGCGAGACGUCUGAUUCGCUACCGAAUAGACAGAUCAUCGUAAUCAUUGACGCCCUAGAUGAAUGCAGCGAGGUGACAAGAAACAGAUUCAUUGACUUCCUCGUGAGCACUUUUCCUCAAAUGGUCGGUAGUCGGAAGUUGCUUGGGCGCCUCAAAAUCAUUGUAACGAGUCGUCCGUGGCCGAGUAUCGAGACCCGCUUUCGCUACCUGAGCUGUGUUCGUCUCCGUGGCGAAAACGAGACGUCUUCGCUGUCAAAAGACAUCGAAAAAAUGGUCCAAGCAAAGGUCAGCAAGUUGAGGAUAGAAGGCACGAUAACACCGGAGGCCUGUUCUAUCCUGGAAACCACGCUCGCUCAGGGGGCAGAUCGCACUUUCUUAUGGGCGUCUCUGGUUCUAGAGACCAUCUCCAAGCUUCCGUCACGAAAGCUCAGUGCAGUCAAGAGCACCUUGGCGGACACCCCCGCCGACUUGGACCAACUCUACGAAACCGCCUUAUUAGAUGUCGAGGAUCAUGUGGCUGUCACUAGGAUGCUACAGAUUAUCCUCGCCGCGACACGUCCGCUCACACUGGACGAAAUCAACAUGGCCAUGUGCAUCAGCUCAACCCACCGUACCGUUCAAGAUCUUUUACAAGAUCUAGAGCCGGAUAUGGAAUACACAGUGAAGCAGCUUGGGGGGUUCUUUGUCAGGAUCAUCAACUCGACGGUUCACCUUGUUCACCAAACCGCUCGAGACUUCCUGUUGGUGACGACAUCAAUGAAGUCAACAGCAUGGACGCACAGUUUGAAGCUCUCUGAUUGCCAUUCAACUAUGACCCAUUCAACGAUCCAGUAUCUUCUUUUGGACGGCUGGCCGGCACGACAGAAGAUUCCUGACAAUGGUGGAGAGGUUGAUGAGUCUGAUAUUCAACUGCUCAAAUCCCUCCCCAAGGUCGCUGCUGGCUUCUACAAGUAG